GUCUACAGGCUAAGGUGGCAUCUCCUGAUAGCAUCGCAGAGGAGCAGGCCAAGAAACUCCUGGACAACUUGGGGCGUCUGCGGGAAACAGCUGGCUCUCACCACAUGGCAGUGCUCCAACAGAGUGGGUACAAGAUAGCCAAAACUCUCUUCAACAAGGUUCAGCAGCUCCAAGGAGUUAUCAGUGGGAGUGAUGUAAAGCAUGUUGGCCGCAAAUCCAAAGUAAACAAUGACAAGGUCAUCGCUGCCGUACAACGCAUUGUGGAGAAAUAUGCCAAUGAUUCCAGUAAAGUGGUUGUAGUCCGUAAAAAUGGCCUCAAGCAGCUGGUAUGCGCCCGGCUCCUGAGCAAGAAGUUGGGUCGCAUCUGGAAAGAGGAGCCGGAGCUUCGUAAGGAGGUGGGUAUCACAGCCUUGCGCACCAUCAUGCGGGUGCAUCUGCCUUCGUACCGCAAGCCUGGACGAAAGACAGACGUUUGCGGACACUGUCGUGUGUACAAGCGGCAUAUCAUCCCUCGAGCCCAGAAAGAAUACCAGAAGCGCAGGGCACAGUUGACAAGCAUCGCGCCCAACUACUUUGAAUCCUUCGACUCAGACAAGCAGGUCGUGCAACUGCAGGAGUCCGCUCAAACCAGUGAGGUCAUUACGCGGGCUUACCGGUACAUUGGUGCCAGGAACGCCAAGAGUGAGAACGAUCCUGAUCGCCAGGGAUUGUCCCGCACUUCCCGGUUAGAGUUGCACCAAACUGAAGCCAGAGCCUGUCACAAGCUCAAAGGACACAUAGAGCUCUUGGAGGCAUACUCCUGGCACAAAUUAUCAGCAGACAGACAACGAGAAUUUUCCACAGCCUUGCUGGACAAACUUCCUAACACAGAGGCCUAUAUGCACUUCGACUUCAAGGAGAACGUGCGGUACCCCAUGGCCAAAGAAGAGACAGGGCAAGAGUUCCACGCCCAAAACAAGUUGUCUCUCACUGUGUUUGGAUGCACUGUUCACAGUCCAGGGCGCAAGAAUUUCAACUUCUUGCUUGUAUCUGAAGUGCUGGACCACGACAGUCAGAUGGCCCGGCUCCUUCUCUCCAGAGUUCUUGCGGUCGUGCAAGGCAAGCCGGAGUACCAGUGGUCCAAGGUACAGCGUCUGCAUUUAGUAUGUGACUGUGGCCCCCACUUCCGCAGCCGGGAGUCGUAUGCCUUCUACUUGCAUGAUUUACCUAAAGAGCUUCAAGUAACAGUGCAUUUCCAAGGGGAGCAGCGCGGCAAGGGGCCGGUAGACCGACUCUUUGGAUGGGGGGGUGCUUGGAUAGAGGAUUUCUCGCAGAAGCAACCCAUUCAUGGUCUUCGCGAUUUGGUGCAAUGCUACCGUUCAGGGGCCCAAUAUAUGGUGAACUCCGACCCUACAGGGCCAAAAUUCCAUAUUGAAGCCUUUGACCCUGGAGAGCUUCGACCUGAGACUCGUACCUUUUUCCAAUGCCCCGGCUUCUUGACUGUUUGCGCACUGAUUUCGUCCCAGGAUACGCUCAUGGCAUCCGCUUAA